GCAAAUUUGCAGUUGAGGAAAUCGAGGUAACUAUUUGUUUUUCAGAAACGUAAUCGUCAUACAGACCUUCCUCUGAUUGCCAGGUCACGUGAUUUUUCCGGAAGCGCGACGAUGGAGAAAAGCUAAAGUAGGUUCUGCCCAGGCGGCGGCUUGCUUUUCGCCUACUGUGCUUUUGUCUAAUGGCAGCAGUUUGGCAGCAGGUUUUGGCAGUGGACGCAAGGUACAAUGCUUACCGCACGCCCACCUUCCCACAAUUCCGAACCCAGUAUAUUCGCCGCCGCAGCCAGCUGCUUCGAGAAAACGCCAAGUGCGGCUUUGAGCCGGGGCUGCGCAGACAGUAUCUGAGACUGCGCAGUCAGUUGCUGGCUCUGCGCUACGGGCCUCUUUCCGAGCAGAGCAGCUUCAGGGCCAGCAGCGUGCGCAGUUCUCGCACCACACUGGACCGCAUGGAGGACUUUGAGGAAGAUUCCCGCACCCAAGGGGCUCGUGGCCACCGGCGGUCCAUCAGCAGAGGCUCCUACCAGCUGCAAGCCCAGAUGAACAGAGCCAUCUACGAUGAAAGGCCUCCGGGCAGUUUGGUGCCAACUUCGGUGGCGGAAGCGAGUCGAGCAAUGGCUGGGGACACAACUUUGAGUGAAAAUUAUGCCUUUGCUGGAAUGCAUCACAUAUUUGACCAACAUGUUGAUUCUGCAGUCCCGCGAUUGCAGUUUGCCAAUGACGACAAGCACCUCCUGGCUUGCUGCUCGCUGGACGGCACCUUGUCCAUCAUGACCCUGUCCCCGCCUCCUGCCACCGUCAAGGUGAUUCUGAAAGGCCACGGAGGCCCCGUGACAGAUUUUGCUUGGUCCCUCAGCAACGAUGUGAUUGUGUCGACAUCGCUCGACGGGACCUUGCGCAUCUGGAACACCGAGGACGGCCGGUGCAUCCGAGAAGUCCGAGACCCGGAAUCCAGCGAGCUGCUCUGCUGCACUUUUCAGCCGAUGAAUAACAAUCUCACUGUGGUGGGCAACAGUAAGCAUCACCUGCAGGUGGUGAACAUCUCGACGGGCAAGAAGGUAAAGGGUGGCUCCAGCAAGCUAACCGGCCGCGUGCUGUCACUCUCCUUCGACUCUCCAGGGAGGAUUCUCUGGGCGGGCGAUGACAGGGGCAGCAUCUUCUCCUUCCUCUUCGACAUGGCCACAGGGAAGCUAACCAAAGCCAAGCGACUGGUGGUGAACGAAGGCAGCUCCAUCUGCAGCAUUUCUGCUCGCUCGUGGAUCAGCCGAGAGGCACGAGAUCCCUCCCUGCUGGUCAACGCCUGCAUCAAUCAGCUGCUGCUCUACAGGGUUAUGGACAACGAAGGUGGGCUACAGCUGAAGAGAAGCUUCCCCAUUCAGCAUGGCUCGCAGCUCGUUCACAGCAUCUUCUGCCCACUCAUGUCCUUCAGACAAGGCGCUUGUGUUGUGACAGGCAGCGAGGACGCCUGCGUGUACUUCUUUGACGUAGAACGCAACACCAAGGCCAUCGUCAACAAGUUGCAAGGUCAUGGCGGCCCCGUGCUCGACGUUAGCUUCAACUGCGACGAGAGUCUGCUGGCCUCCGCUGACUCCACAGGCAUGGUCAUCAUCUGGAGGCGGGAGCAAAAGUAACACAAGAAAAGGCUCCCGUGUGGUCAAACCAAGCAAAGCGGCUGGAUUUGUUUUCACUGUACCGGGCUGCUUGUUAACCUUUAAUGUCAUUCUUGUCAAGUGCAAUCGGAACGCUCUGCUAUGCAGGAUGUGAUUGGAAAAGUCAGGUGGAGCUAUCGCGUGCGCUUUUUUUCUGUUUGAAAACAUUCUGAUGUUUGUUCCCUGAGGUGUGACAGUGAGCACCUGUAGAAACAACAUUGGCACUACUGUCAGUCCCUCUGCUGUCGUUUUUGUCUCGUUGUGGUAUUCAUGCAAUAGUCAAAAAGGCCUUACUUGCUAUUUGUAUUUGAGACCCCGAGCUUUAUGCACGUUUUAAGUUUGUUUGUGUUUAUCUGUGUGGAUGUAUAUUUAUUGCAGAUGCUUAUGACAAAAUGUAAUGCCCAUACAAAAAUGAACUACUGUAACUGAC